AAUGAAUUCCAAAUCAUACACAUUAGUUAACGAGUAGCAUGCAUAUAGAGCUCAAAUCCCAUAAAUUUAAAUUUAAAAAAAAAAUUGGUUGUUCAAUACGGUAUUAGGACUUGGUUUGACAGGAGGUCUUCCACCCAUCUCCGCAAUUUGGACCCUGCAAGCUUAAAACUUUUAAGAUAUUUCCUUGGUCCCAAUGCCUUUUUUCUUAAAUAUAAGACCGCAAUAGUGGUAGAAAACGGCGAUGAUUGCAAAAUUUGAAAACAAACAAACAGAAGCCAACGUUAAAGGCCCCAGUGCUGUAAAAAGCCUGAGAAUGAAGAAAAGCAGAGACCCGUGAGCUCAUCAGCGAUCACCGACGAUGAUGGCAGUCCCAAUCCCAUCCCGUCAACUCUUCAUCGACGGAGAGUGGAGAGAGCCACUCUUGAAAAAGAGAAUUCCGAUCAUCAACCCUGCCACGCAAGAAAUCAUUGGUGACAUCCCUGCAGCUACCGCUGAAGAUGUGGAUAUUGCAGUUGAAGCUGCCCGCAGAGCUUUCUCUAAGCCUGAUUCUUGGGCCUCUACUUCUGGUUCUUUUCGUGCCAAGUUCUUGCGGGCCAUCGCCGAUAAGAUAUUGGAGAGGAAGAUUGAACUGGCCAAAUUAGAAGUUGUUGACUGUGGAAAGCCAAUUGAUGAAGCAAUAUCUGAUAUGGUUUCUGUUGCUGGGUGUUUCAAGUAUUAUGCAGAACUUGCAGAAGCUUUAGAUGCAAAGCAAAGGAUUCCUAUCUCUAUUCCUAUGGAAUCAUUUAAGACUCAUGUUCUUAAAGAGCCAAUUGGAGUUGUUGCGCUGAUCACUCCUUGGAACUACCCUCUUUUGAUGGCUGCAUGGAAAGUUGCUCCUGCUCUGGCUGCUGGCUGUACUGCUAUACUGAAGCCAUCUGAAUUGGCAUCUGUGACUUGUUUGGAGUUAGCUGAAGUUUGUAGAGAUGUGGCUCUUCCUCCUGGCGUGCUAAACAUUUUGACUGGAUUAGGCCCAGAAGCCGGUGCUCCUCUGGCAUCUCAUCCUCAUGUUGAUAAGAUUGCAUUUACUGGAAGCACUGCAACAGGAAUCAAAAUCAUGACAACUGCAGCUCAAACGAUCAAGCCUAUUUCACUAGAGCUUGGUGGAAAGAGUCCAAUUCUUGUGUUUGAGGAUGUAGAUCUUGAUAACGCCAUAGAAUGGACUCUUUAUGGUUGCUUUCCAAAUAAUGGUCAAAUCUGCAGUGCAACUUCCCGGCUUCUUGUUCAUGAAAAUAUUGCAGCAAAAUUCGUGGAAAAACUCAUUCAAUGGAGUAAAAGCAUCAAAAUUUCAGAUCCACUGGAAGAAGGUUGCAGGCUUGGCGCUAUUGUUAGUGAAGGACAGUAUGAGAAGAUACUGAAUUUUAUUUCAACCGCUAAGAGUGAAGGUGCUACCAUUCUGUAUGGAGGAGUCCGCCCUCAGCAUUUGAAGAAAGGAUUCUUUAUUGAACCGACCAUCAUAACAGAUGUUAGUACCUCCAUGCAAAUUUGGAGGGAGGAGGUUUUUGGACCUGUUUUAUGUGUCAAAACAUUUGCCACUGAAGAAGAAGCCACUCAACUAGCCAAUGAUACUCAUUACGGGUUGGGAGCUGCUGUGGUUUCCAAUGAUCUAGAAAGGUGUGAGCGCUUGACCAAGGUUCUUCAGGCAGGGGUUGUAUGGGUGAACUGCUCUCAACCCUGCUUUGAUCAAGCUCCUUGGGGAGGCAUUAAGCAUAGCGGUAUUGGGCGUGAAUUAGGGGAAUGGGGCCUUGAAAACUACUUGACUGUAAAGCAAGUCACACAGUACACCUCUGAUAAGCAAUGGGGUUGGUAUUCUCCUCCAUAAUGCAAUGAGGAAUUUGAAACAUGUAUGGGUACCAGAAAAUCAAAGUGAUGUGUGUGAAGUAAGCUGAAUUUGGAACUACUGAAUAAAUAAACAUGCUGUAGUACUGUACUCAAGCUGUUUGCAGAGUCUGAAAAAAGCAAUAGAACUAGAUUCCAGGAUUUUCA